CUGUUUCUCUCUAUUUCCCAGUCUCUUUCCCACAGAAAAUAAAAAAUAUGGAAGGUCUCUCCUGAAACUGCUGCCACACCAGCCAAUCCUAAACCCUAAUUUCCCCCUCCCCCAAAUUUUACUCUACCAAACUCCAGAGAUUCUCCUGCCUUUUCCCUUCCUCGACGUCUCUAACUACCCCCCUUCUCGACGCUUUUAAGUUUUAACCCUCUCUUUUCCCCUUUCCACCCCCUCUCCUCUUUCUCCGAUUUCAAUUCUUUCCCAAUUUGGUUGUGCCACCAAAAUCUCCCCAUUUUUCAAAGUUUUGUGUUGUGAAUUCAAUGCCCCUGUGAAUUUGGGGCGCUCUUUUUGGAUGUUGAAAAUGAGAUAUGAGGCCGUUCUUGAUUUCCCUGGAGCUGAAUGACCUCAUAAAUUCUAGGCUCUCUUACCUGCUUCUCGGCCUUUUUAACUCUUAGGAGACUGUUCAAUAUGUAUCAUCCCAAAAAAUUUUCAACUGCAAGUUUAGUGCCGCAUAAAGCUCAAGGUAGUGAACCACUUGCUACUGUUGGGGCCUUGGGUGGAUCAUCUGUUAAAAAUUCAAAUCCGACUGGGGGAAGUGGAAAGCAGCGGCUGCGAUGGACUUCGGAUCUUCAUGACCGCUUUGUGGAUGCCAUAACUCAGCUCGGUGGACCAGAUAGGGCAACACCAAAAGGUGUGCUAAGAGUGAUGGGUGUACCUGGACUUACCAUUUAUCACGUGAAAAGCCAUUUACAGAAGUAUCGCCUUGCGAAAUACCUGCCAGAAUCUCCUGCUGAUGGUUCUAAAGAUGAAAAGAAAGGAUCUGGAGACAGCGGCUCUAGCAUGGAUUCUGCCCCGGGAGUGCAAAUUAAUGAGGCACUGAGGCUGCAAAUGGAGGUCCAGAAGCGUCUUCAUGAACAGCUCGAGGUGCAAAGGCAGUUACAGAUGAGAAUAGAAGCACAAGGGAAGUACUUGCAGAAGAUCAUAGAGGAGCAGCAGAAACUAGGGGGUGCAUUGAAAGCCUCUGAGGCGGUACCAUUGGUUGAUGAUAAGCAAAAUCCAUCUCAGUCAAAGCCACUUCCUGAUGCCUCUAUUGGGUCCUCGUCUCCUCGGAAGAAACAGAAGGUCGACGAUGGGAUGACACAUGAUUGCAAUCCUCCCCUCGAUCCACCAAAACCUGACCAUGGUUGCAAUCCUCCCCUCAAUCCACCAAAACCUGACCCGAAGCAUGGUUUCAUCGAUCGGUGGGAUCGAGACAUGUAUGGGAAUGAUGGUGUGUUUGGAUUCAACUUGGAAAUAGAGUUCAAAGAGCAAGAAGAUGGGGGAUCUGAGCAGAGAGCAGCACCUCUGGAACUGGAGCCAAUGUGUGGUUCAAAAUAGGGAGAGCCCCAGAUGUUGGCAUUGUCCUGUGAUAUUGUUGUUGAUGUAGCAGCAGUUUUAAACCAUGCUUUUGUAUAAAUCUUGUAAUCCAUUUGUAAUUAUAUUUUCAAAUACAGUAUCCAGCUCCUCAUGCUUACAGUCCUUCUAGUGCUUGAGAGGCAGAUCAGCAACAAGUUAUGUUGCUGUUUUCAAUCAUUUAUAUUGCACUC